AUGUGUGCAACUUGGCUGACACUAUUGCUCACGGCAUGGCUCUUGGGCGAAUGCCAGAGCAGUUUGCCGGAUGAAUUUGCUUCGCCGGCGACGUCGACGACGACGAGUCACGAAGCCGGCAAAGUCAACAAUGUCACGCUGACUCCGCCAGGACUCGUCGCACAGGGAAAACGGGACGAUUCCGACCGGGACUUGGAUCAGGACGACCCACUGACACCACAUGCGGCCCCAUCGUCGCAGCGGAAACUCUCGAGAGGCAAGCGUUUUGUGGCCUUUCCCCAGGGUUCAUCAGCUUCGGGCGCUGUCUGUCUGACCACCGGUGUCAUCGGCAACCCCAACCUGCUGUACCUCAGUUUAGGCAUCAAUUGGGGCGUUGCCUACGACUUGCCCAACAUCACCUGGGUGCUGCAUAAUGCCCACGGCUGGACCACAAAGAAGUCGGCCAAGGCGCAAAUCAAGCGCAGACAUCGCAGGGAGCUCUAUGGCCGCCUGGAGACAAUGAUAGACAGCCAUGAUUUAUGGUCGCCGCCAUUGAUGACUAUGAUGGAACGUGCAGACGACUCUACUCCAUUCAGUUCCACAUCCGCAUCCGAAUCUCUGGGCACAUCCUCGCAGCUGUUGCACCGGCGGUGGCAGCGAGUACUCAGUCGUCCGAAGCGCUAUCUCAGCUUCCCCGAGGGCUCCUCGCUUUCCGUGGCCGUCUGCUUCACCGUGGGCAUCAUUGGCAAUCCGUAUUACGGCUACAACAGUUUCGGCCUCAACUGGGGAGUGGCCUACGACCUGCCCAAUACCACAUGGGUCCUUCAGAGCCUGCAUGGAUUUGCCACUCAUCCAGUAGGACCGGCCAUCCUGCGACGGAGGUCCAGGAGCGCCAUCUCAAGGAUGGAGACCAUUGUCGAUAACAUGGGCUACAAUGGACGGGAUUGUAUCUUGAGAACCCUCUGCGAGAGUCGUCAGUACUUCCAGCGCACCAAGAUGAGCAUGGUGGGCGAGAUGCUUCGCACUAUAUUUAGCUUGCCGAAGCAGAGAAUUUUCACCCGGGUGCACGAGAAUUCGGAUAUCUUCCACUACGACCAGGCAUAUCGGAAUGCCCACAGCGACGACUGUACCCAGUACGACUGCCACUUCUCGUUAUUGGAACUGGCCUUUGGGAAAUACACAACCCCACCAAAAAAUUAUUACGCCUAA